AUGGCACAACGAUCGAUUCUCCUUGUCGCGCUAGCGGCAAUAGCGCCCUAUGCAUACGACCGCUAUCUCACGCUGUCAACAAUGUUCGCAAACCAUCCCGCGAAAAUCGAGUAUGCCAAUGCUUUCAAACAACAUGAAGUCAAGUUUAGCGACCGGUUGCGGAAUUGCGAAGAUGUGUUGUUUGAGGAGGCAAUGGGUAUCGCCUUCUUGAGCUGCAACCCUGAAAGAGACCAGUGGAAUACCGUCAUGGGCACAUUCGCACCACCUCUUGCGAAAAAAGACGGGGAAGACGCCGCACACAUCUGGAUUUACGAUUACUCAACGGCCGGCCUCCCGGAAUCACAAGCCCUCAAGCCACUCAAGUUGAUCGACUAUCCCAACGUAGCAGAUUUCCAGCCUCUAGGCAUUGAAUUCGAGGCUGCAACAUCGACACUCUACCUGAUCAACCACUCCCGCAACUCCAGCAACACGCUCGAAGUAUUCCAGGUCUCGGUGAAAGACGCAACAGCAAAACACGUACAAACAUUAAAACACCCCAUGCUCCCCGCACCCAAUUCCAUUCACACCCUCGGCAACGGCAAGCUACUGGUAACAAACGAUCACUACAUCGGCGCCUUGACCUCGCCUCUCCUCUCCAGAGUCGAAACCUUUUCCGCCAUCCCCGGCGGCAGCGUUGUAUACCUCGACAUGAACAAUCCGUCUGAAGCAAAGACGCUAGCGCGCGUGGGCUUCGCAAACGGCGUCACGAUGCUCAACGCGACCACCGUGGCCGUAGCAUCGACUGCCAAACCGGGUAUUUACUUGUACACGUUCAACCCGGAUACCGUUGAACUGCAGUAUGUAAAGCACUUUCGCGUUCCGGCUGCCGUCGAUAACCUCUCGGUCGACUCCAAGGGAAAGCUCCUCAUGGCGGGACAUCCCUUCGCCUUUGCGCUGAUGGCUGUCAGCAAGACGAGAGCGAAUUGUGAUUCGCAGGGUGACGAUGAGGCGAAGAAGGCUUGUGAGCUUUCGUCACCGAGUUGGGUGGCUGAAUGGAGCGAGGAAGAGGGGAUGAAAACCGUAUAUAGAGGUAGUGGAGAGGAAUUUGGUAGCAGUACCACGUUUGCGAGGGACGUGGGCAGGGGUGUGGGCAUUAUUACAGGAUUGUACCAGAGAGGCAUACUGGUUGGCAAGGCGUGA